GCCACAACGCAAAUAGCUUCCUCGAGCACGGACCAGCUUGAGCGUCAACACAAAGCGGAUGCGAUUGCAGAGCCCGGAAACACACGACCUAGUGUACCUUAACGAUACGUUUGUCGCGCAUCAGCUCUUGGACUCGGCCAAACGAACGCACCUCAGCUUUGAUAUGGACAGUGACGAUGACGAAGACGACGAUGAUGAGAGUCGCACUUGUACCGACAACCAGGACCACAAACUAUUGGACGGCUGCAGUACCAAACACACAGGCGAGGCGCCGCGCGUCGUGCACCACCGUAAGCGGCGCCGCAUCAAGCACAACGGCGUUCAUGCGAUCUUAUUCCCGCUUCGCGACUCUACUUUUGGCGCCAAGCUUUGUACCAAACCAACUGGAACAACAAAGCAAAUAAGCCCCAUAAAGCCGCUCGUGCGCGAUGUUGCGACACAAAUGGAAUCGUUUGGCGACGCGGUGCCACCGCCAUCGCGACAAGAAGAGAGCUCUGCCCCAAGCCGUCUCCAAGCCGCGCUUUUGUGGGCUGUGACAACGUGGCAGUGUACGACAAUGACACAACGCGUGUCGAUAGCAGCGGCCGUAGCUACCCCCUUCCUACUGCGAUGCACCAAGGUCUCGCUCAGUAGCAAAGCUUUCACGAGACGUUAACGAACCGACGAAACACGAGGUGCAAUCCACUCAUAACCCAAACGCAAGAUUUUGGC